AUGGCUGCUAUAGCGAAGCCAGCGGCAACCAAGAUAAAACCCUAUCUCCGGAAGCUGUCGACCAAAGACACCCCUACCCUCGAUCUCUCGCGACCGGCUGCAGAGAACGAGAGCCUGGCUGGACUGGGCAUACACGACUACGGCACUGGUUCGCGAUCAGUAUCCGAUGUGUCCUUCGCGCAUGCUACAAGUCGGACCAGACACAACCGGUCGAUGAGCGCUACUUCUCAGUUCUCAACUGCAUCUGGUGGCCUUCGACAACCGACGGCGGCGUACGUACACCCGAUGCGACAGACGCCCAGACCGUACACGCCUCCAAUCUCCAGAUCGUACUCAGCUUCCAAUCUCGGCGGUGAAGAUCUUGGUGAAGCUGAGGACUUUGUGGCCGGGCAGGACAUGUACCGCUCACGCACGUUUGACGCAAACCGACGGUCACGUUCACCAUCGGCACCACCUCCAAGCACACUGCCACCUCUCCCGCCUCUACAAAUACCCUCGAUACCUUCAUCCGCCUCAAUGACCCGCCUGGGCAGCCACUCGCAGACCAGCCUCCACAGCAGCACACCAACCGGCCGACCGCGCAAGUCCACCGUGGCAUCAAUUGAGACGUGCACGUCCACUUCAUCACGACCGUCAGUCGACAAAGCCUUCAGCUUCAUACGCGGCCGCGACGCCCCAGUAGAUCCAGAGUCACGCGCCGCCUCAAUCCGUGCCGCGCGCAUUGCCUACAAGGAGAAGGAGGAAGCGAAAGAUCGCAAGGCCGAGAAGGAGGCGCUCAAGAAGCAGGACAAGGACAGCCGCAAGCUCGCAAAGCGAGAAGACCGCCAACGGAGCAAGUCGGCUGUGGACGAGCGCCGUGCGCGGACACGAACUCUUUCCGGCAGCGAAACCGCCGGCUCUGCUCCAGUCGGCGGCAGGAAGUACUCUGAUUAUACGCCUGCGCACAGUUUGAGCUUGCCGGCGCAUGUCGCGACUGGUGCGCCGCCGAGGGGUCCGAGAGCGCAGCCGGAGAGGGGCUCGAGAAAGAAGGCGAGUAGUGGGUGGCUGAGCUUUAUUACGUGGUUGAGGACGAGAUUGCUCAAGUUGGGAAGGAAGAUGCAUUUGGCGUCCUGA